CUCCUCCAGUCUCAGAGGAGCUGUCGGAGGCCGUCACCAUCAUCCCCGUCACUCAGGGCUUAAUGUCGCCGUGGGAACCGAACAGCAGCUCGCCGCCGGCUGUGACCUUUGACCCCGACCCGACGACCUACGACCCCUGGCACCUCCACCUGGACCUCCACCGGCGCUCCUGCCCCGGGUUCCCCGCGCUGCUCCCAGCCUCGUCCUCAGACACAGCAAACACCAGCGGUUCCUCCCGGCGGUCCUCGUCUUCCUCUGAGGCCGGCGGCCCCCUUCAGGAUGUGGAUUCACCUUCAGAUCCACCUGGCUGCUCCAGAGAAACGUCUCCCUGCAGCUCCUUCAAAGAGGAAGAGCUCCUCAGCAGGUCCAGAGGAGACCCAGAUCCUGGAUCCUCCGAGAGACCCGGAGGAGGCUCCCAGAAGGAUCCGGUCCAGGUUUCCGUGUCCGAUGAACAGGAGCGUUCUGCCGCCGGCUCCCUCACCAGCUCCGAUGGGAGCUCCACCCCCGUCGCCUCCUGCUCCCCCAGCGGCUCCACCGCCAGCCUCCACGAGGGCCAGAACCAGAACCGGGUCGCCGAGAGAAAAACCAGUAACGCCGCCCUGCAGACCGGCGGCCCCUCCAGGAAGUUCUCGGCCCCGGCCCUCCGGUUCACCAGAGGGGUGAGCGUAGGAGGAGUGGGCUCCUCUACGGGGGUCCACCAGAACCAGAUCUACCACCCGUUCCCCAGCAGGAAGGCCCCGAGGAUCUCCGAGGCCGCCCGGAGGCUGGGGAUGUACUCGUCCUUCUGAGGAACAGAAGAGCUCCAGCUGUCAGUCAACACGUGACUCUCUGAGAUCAAUACCAAGAAAUUUAAUAAGUUGUGAAUAAAUAACUUCCCUGGUGAAAUAAAGAAUAAAUAAAAAUACAA